ACAUUCCAACCUAGUUCGCUCCGUUCGCCCGUGUCGUCGUUGUUUUUGCCCGUUCACGUCGCUUUUUUCUCUGUGCAGGGAAAAAAAGGUGUGCGUGUGUGUACAGAAAUCCAAACAUAGAAUUUCCCAGUCGCUUUUUAAGUGCGGAAAAGCUGAGCAUACACAAACUCACACACACCCAUACGCGAGCGUACGAGCAAGAUCGUACGCACCCAGAGUAGCGCCAGCAGGCAAUCGAACGAGCGAGCCGAGCCCUACGGCAGUGAAGAAAAGAAAAUAGAGUAAAACUUCCCCCCCCCCCCCCCCACCCCAAGAACAAACGCGCGCGCGGUGGGCCAUAGUAGUGGAAAACACACAAGCAGGAGGAGCAAUAAAUUCGCUGUUGCUUGAUAAAAACAGUUUUAUUAACAGACGUCGUCCGAGGCCGGGAACACGUACGUACAACCGCGGCCGUACUCGAGAAGUAACCGAACCGAAAAUCCUAAGAACCAAUGGCUGCUAUCAGGAAAAAGCUGGUGAUCGUCGGCGAUGGUGCCUGCGGUAAAACCUGUCUGCUGAUUGUCUUUAGCAAGGAUCAGUUCCCGGAGGUGUAUGUGCCGACCGUGUUCGAGAACUACGUGGCCGACAUCGAAGUCGACGGCAAGCAGGUCGAGCUGGCGCUAUGGGACACGGCCGGGCAGGAAGAUUACGACAGACUGAGGCCGCUGAGUUAUCCAGAUACCGACGUUAUUCUCAUGUGCUUCUCAGUCGAUUCACCCGACUCGCUGGAGAACAUCCCCGAAAAGUGGACACCCGAGGUUAAGCAUUUCUGCCCCAACGUACCCAUCAUCUUAGUCGGUAACAAGAAAGAUCUCAGAAAUGACACUCACACUAUUAAGGAAUUGGCCAAAAUGAAGCAGGAGCCAGUGAAGCCACAGGAAGGACGUGCGAUGGCCGAGAAAAUAAAUGCGUUCGCCUAUUUAGAGUGUUCGGCCAAGUCGAAGGAAGGUGUGCGCGAGGUGUUCGAAACGGCUACGAGAGCGGCGUUACAGGUCAAAAAGAAGAAGAAGAGUAAAUGUGUUCUGCUCUAAAAGAGCAAAGCCAGCAUUUGUGCUCCCUACUGGCGCGGCGAUCUGUCGUUCGACACGCAUAACAUAGCCUCAUAGCCUGAGCUGAGACAUGGAAGUGGUGGAGUUUGGAGUAGGAGGACGAGGCGAAAUAGAGGGAGGGGGACAUAUGGCGAACAACAGCGGGAACAGCGGAAGGAGAAGAAGUAUAAGGAAGGGUUGGUGUGUGCCUGCGCCAAGGGGUAGUAGGGUGUGUGUGUGUGUGUGUGGAUGGAAGUAGAUAGAGAGAGGGAAAGUCAAGCGCCGCUAUAUAAAACAUUAACAACCGUUUUGGUACACGACCCACGACCGCAAUGAGAUAGAGGAGGGAGGCCCCUAUGGAAAGUGAAAAAAUGACACACACACACACACAUACAGAAGAUGCAAGAAAAACACAGCCGCGUUCAGCCUCAUCAGAGAUCGUACAGCAUAAAAAGAAUCCUUUUUUUAAGAAUGAAAAAGAAACAUCUUUCGAACCAGAGUGAAGGAUCACCUUUCAUCACAUACCGAGUAGACCAAAAACAAAACAAAGAAGGAAAAGAGCGGACGCGCACGGAGAAAAUAUAGGGUACCACCUCAACCCACUCUAUCUCUCUCUCUCUCUCGCGGGAUACUACAAGGAUUAUGAGUUCCACGCGAAGCCUAGACACGAGCCUUACGGGUUUUACGCGACAGGAAAUGCAACGCUCUAGAUAUCUAGAUCUACCCCGUACCAUGUACUGCUGCUGUUGAGCGUCUCCCUUAGCCUUUGAGCUGAAGCUGCGUCAGAGAACAAGUAACACACAGCCGGCCGAAAGGAAGAGCCCACGAACGUCUUUUUUUAACAUGUGUGUAUGCGUGUUGUGUUUACCUAGGCGUAACGCAACAGCAUACGUGAGAUCAGUUUCGUGGACAACGGUGUCAUUUUCUAGUAACCGCAUCAGGCGCAGAGACAGGCAAGCACACAUAGAAUUACAAUUUUCGUAUCAUUUUAAAAAGAUCCACAUAAUAAUACAAGAGCUUUGAAUUUAAUUGGAUGGAUCGAAUCAAGUACGAGAUGAUCACACACACACACACGCUCAUUUUUUAGGAGCAGAGGAUGAGAGAUGGGAUUUUGCGCGGCAUCCCUUAAACUUUCCGAAACCUAUUUUUUUAUGCCGGCGUUCACCAUCAUUAUUCUGUGUUUCUCAUACUACCAACGCCUUCCUGCCUGUUCUUCUUUAUUUUAUCUACAUCAACAUAAUACACACACACACCUACACAUAAUACGUGCAUGCAUAAGAUGAUGGCAUCUAUUAGAUGUGUUUUUUUUAUUAUUAACUAUUUGGUAAGCGACUAAGAAGUAAAACAACAAUAUGGUGGCGUGCUUGUGGUGGUAUGUGUGUGUAGCAAAACGGUGAAAAAGAGCAAAAGCAUACAACAAAAAAAAUCGACAACUUAAACGUGUAAAAGGAUAAUGCUAUAAAAAAGGAUGGGAGGGCAAAUACACACACGCACACACACACACACACACAUCCAACAACCAUACAUGAUUCUUCUUUAGCCAGUCCAGGCACUGGAGCCCAAUGUGUAUCGUUCGUUCGUAUCGCACUGUUGAGUAUCAUAUUUAUGGGAGAAAAUCCGAGCAAAACAGCAGCAAGGACGGUGGCCCAUCCACAGUUUUCUUUUUGCAAUACACGCGAGAUGUUCGAUUUAAAACAAGCGCGGGAGCAUAAUUAGUGUGUGUGUGUAAACCACCAGGAAAACUAUCCCCCCCCCCCCCCCCCCCCCAUCCCAAUGUAUAUGAGAGAUGGUCCUCUCUGUGAGCACUGAGGGCCGGUUAAUCCCUUCUGUUUUUUUUUUUUACCGGAAUCGACAGUCUUUAUCACAGACAGGCGUGAGUGUGGAGUACUUGAGAUUUAAGGGCCCAGAACGCAACAGCCCUCCCCCACAGCAACACACACGAUGCAAUUUGGCAGAUAUGAAGAAACCACUGAAGGAAACAAUUUGUGUACGGGCGCAUAAAAAGGGAUUCUCCUAGAUUCUUCGCCACGAGAUACUUUAGCAGAGGCAACACAGACGAGAGUGCGACUGGUAGGGAUGAUGAGCGCGCGAGAGAUGAAACAGAUUUAGGAUAGUGUAAUAGGGUAAACAUACAACAAAAAAAAAACACACACACAUAAACACACACAUACAGCAGCAUUAGAGCGGUCGCGAAGCAAGAUGCAGGAAGAGUCAGAAUUUUAAAACACGGAAUGCAGAAGAAUAAAUUCUAACCAAUGAUAAAUGGAAAAAUCACAACAAGCGGGAAACGUCAUAUACACGCACACAACACACACAAUCAACAGAAAAUCCGAUUUAUGUCGUCUUCGUGGUGGUGGUGGUGAUAAAUGGAGUUUUUUUUAGUAUCUAAAUGGGACGUUUGAAAGGAUCGUGCGGUCGAGAAGUCGUAGGGUGUGUCGUCCUCGUACCGUGUUCUUGCGUGUGGUCGAGAUUUGAAUCCACUUUCCACCGAGCGUGUGCGUGCGUUGUUCCGGAGGUCCUGUUUGGUUGGAGCCAUAUUGUUUGAAAUUCUGACAAGGAUAAAGUAAGCGGAAGCGAAAUGCCUUGUAUUUCAACGCAGGUGGUAAUGUAUUGUUGUAGUAGACCAAAGAAAUCAGCAUGCUUCGGUGCCUCGAAACACACACACCAACAAGCCCUGUGAAGCUCGUUGUACAGUGCUGCUUACGCUCCGUAUCGUGAUCAUCCUUUGCGUGCGAACGAUCCAUCCUGCUCCUCCUGUUUCCGUUGUGUCUGGUGUACGUAUGUAGGACUAUAUCUUCUUAGUAUAACUAGACUACUUUUGGAAAAAUGUUUGUGGGGGAUGUUUUGAAACUACUGCUGGGGAGCAGACACAGACCGGGCCAUGGUACGACACCUGUCUGGUAGUUUAAGGAUGUUGUGUGAGAUAUGUUCUGUAUACUCUCUCCAUCUCGUCGCAAUGCCACCCAACAACUCCUCAUGCACACGGGUCGUUUUUUGGUCGGGAUCGGCACCCGGUCGGUACCGGGAAUGAUGUGAUCAACAGGUAGAGUGCAUCUCUUAUUGGAGCGUUGACACACGCACUAACACACAAAAAUCGGGUAUUUUAGGAUCUAUAUUUAAGUAGCCAUUUUCGGUAUUGUCUCGACCCGGUGCAUUGUGAAAAGGGUCAUCAUUUGUAAUCCAGCCAUCGGUCACCAUCUUUGUAAUCGCUGUUUUUAUUGGUGCCCCUGCUUGAUUCCCCAACUAUUGGUAGCGCCUAUAGGUAUCUAGUGAUGGGAGUAACCACUCAGUGCACAACUGGUGUGGUAAAUAGAGCUCACAAUAGUAACAACUCACAACCACAAGCCAAACAGAACUUCCCCACCAAACGGUUUACACAAUUUCGGCCACUUCACGUGGCAAGUUGCACGUACUCCUUUACUCUCGGCACUAGACGGGAAAGCGAUAGAUAAUCCGUUUGGCCGCCGGGUCUGGGCCGGUUAUAAUGAGAGCCAGGGUUGCCAUAUGGAAUGACUUUUGUUGCAAAAAAAAAAUCCCUCUUCGCAACUGUGUGAGGAUGAUGAAUCGUAGACAUCUGUUUGGACUGAUAUAUCACUCACAGCUGGUUGCACGGGUGGGCAAAAGAGAGAAGGAACUACACACAAUCUUAAUGAACUUUUCAUUAUUUCUAUUUCUACUACUUCUAAUCCUACUCUUAAGACCUACCAACCUACCGCAAUGAAAACUACUUGUAUUCGUACUCACGAUCCUAAUGCUAAAGAACACACGCGUAAAAUCAUCUAACACUGUGCUGGGUGGUUAUUGAAGAAAGCGCAGAACAUAUACAUAAAAAUAGGAGCAGAAGACAAAACAAAGUCAUGAUAACGCUUUUUAGAUAAAGAAGAGAUAGGCCUUUUACGGAAGCCGUUUGAAAUUUACGGAAGAGCAUCAUCCUCUUUGCAUAUCCCCAAUCUAACAAUGUGGUGGUGGUGAUGUUGAGUGGAUUCUACAGAACCGAUCCGGGGUUUUUGGCAGAUAGUUAGGAGUCGAAACAACUAGUGCAAAAUAAUGUUGCUGCUUGUACGCGGUUAAGCGUUGCGUUCAUUGCUGUUUUGUAUUUUGUUAUCGAUUCAUUGGCGGCGGAUUCAUACUCGAGCAGACCUUUAGGUGGGAAUCACAAGUCCCGCAUGAGUAUCUUUCGAGUACAAGGGGAUCCUGGAGAGAUGAUGCUCAUUAGAAAACGACAUUUUGAAGAACUCCUCCUUGGUACAGACCACCUGGACGACAAGGUCUGUGGAGAGAUGAUGCUCGUUAGACAGUGAGGCUCUAGCGACUCCAUAGCACAGAGUCUCUUUGUAUAGGGGGCCUCUACAGCUUAGAGGCGCCUUUUUUAUAGAUAGAACCCGCUUGGAUGAUGAGGCCUCAUGGUAGUUGUUGUGGAUUGGACCUCGAAAUCCCUUGGGGGAGACGAGAACUGCGAGUUAAGUUUCCUUGAACAGAAGGUCUCUGCUGCUAGAUAAGGCAUCCUGGCAUCCCUUUGGACUGCGAUACAUCUUCCGUUUGGAGGACUCUUGAUACAUGAAACAUAGAUAAAGAAGACUCUUCAACAGCAAAGCCUCUAGAGAUGAGGAUUACGUUUGUAUACGUGUUCCCUAGUGCGAGAUUCUUCACAAGACAAGAUCCUUGGAUUUUCGUUAGACGAAGAGCUAUUUGCUAAGAUUAUUCAUCUUGGAGCUACUUAAGGCCUCUGCAGAACCCGCCACAGUUUCGUAUGCUACAUUAACAAUCAAUACUUUGCUGAAACGUCUCCUCGUUGGUUCAAGAGCUCAAUUGUGGCAGUGGAAAUCCGCCAUUUUAUUUACCCGUUUUGGUUUUGUUCUUCUGUUUGUGCACCUUUACGGCAUCGAAAGGUAUUUAUUGUACCGAGAAAAAGGGAAAAGGCUCGCUUUUUUGUCGCCUUUUCCCGCCAUACCAAUUGAUUGAUGUAUGAGAAAAAAUUAAUCGCAUAAACGCAUUUCUCCAUCACGUCCUUCAACCAUGAUAAGUCUUAAGAUGAAGAUAAAAACAACCAUAACUAAACAUAUAUAUAGCUGUAAUGCUUUCGAGUGUCACAAUAGUGAAAAGAAAUGAGAAGAAGAGAACAAACACCCCAACAACCACUUUUUUGCUGUAUAGUAGUGCUGAGCAUGAGUAUAAAAGAGUAAAUCAACAGGAAAAUGAAAAUAUGACAAAAAAGAGAGACUCCCAACAGAGGGGGCAGAUCAAAGAUUGGCAUUGCGCUUGUGAUGUGGUACAUAUACAUAUACAUACAUAACUAGAGGAAACAAAAGGAGGAACAAGAAACACUUUUACAAACGAAAGCAGCAGAGACGGAUGAAACAGCACACGAUACAUUGCCACAUUUGACAUAGACAAAUGCGCAGAGAGCAUCGAAACCGCAACUCCGCAAACACUUUUUUAGAAUUAAUCAAAGCUCUGUAUCAAUUAUACAAAAUUCAAGCCAAACCCAUCAACGCCAGAACACAUGCGUGCAAGCUUACAUGUUAUACAUGCAUGCUGCUGCUGGGGUCCGAUGACACGCUCCGUGUUCAAAUACAGCUUACAAUCCUUCUCUCUCACACACACACUGACACACGCAGUCUCAUGCGGAUGGCGCCACGAUCCGUACUACAUCUUAGAAAUAUCAUAGAUAAAAAUUAACUAAUUAUUAAACAAACAAA